ACUUGCGGGCUCUGCAGCCCACCAUCCUGAUGCGAUGAGAAUCCUUCUGCACCUCCCCACUCUCCUGGCUUCCCUGACCUUACUCCAGACCGCAGCACCGGCCAGAAAUGCUGCAACUUCCAGAACUGGCAUCAUCUCUGACACAGUGAACACAGUCAAGGCCUCAGUCAACCAGGCCUUCCUGGAUUCCCGGACCAGGCUGAAGAGGGCCCUGACCAGUCAGACACCUACCACCCGGCAGCUCUCACAGUAUCUCAAGCACUCCAGAGGCUGGACCCGCAGAGCCAUCCGCGUGGGACAUGUGUGGGAAGAGUCUCUGAAGAGACUGAAGCCGGUGGUGCCCCUCACCAAUGUCACAGGCCAAGGCCUGGACUUGGCCUUGCUGUUUUCAGAAGUCGGCUGUGAUCCCCAUGCUCUGCCAGUGAUUUGCAACAUGAGUAGCCCUUACCGGACCAUCAAUGGAGAGUGUAACAACAGGAAGAACCCAGCGCUGGGAUCCGCCAACAAGGCGCUGGCUCGAUGGCUACCCGCGGAGUACGAGGACGGGAUCUCCCUCCCCUUCGGGUGGACGCCGGGAAAGACACGGAACGGCUUCCCUCUACCGCAGCCCCGUGCCGUCUCCAACCAGAUCCUUGGCUAUCUGAACGAGGAUGUCCUGGACCAAAACAGAUCCUUGUUCUUCAUGCAGUGGGGUCAAAUCGUAGACCACGACAUGGGCUUUGCGCCUGAAACUGAGGCAGAUAACUACACCAAAGCCUUGUGUGAGGAUCACUGUAUCCAGAGAGACAACUGCUUCCCCAUCAUGUUCCCAGCUGGUGACCCCAAACUGAGGACUCAGGGGAGGUGCAUGCCCUUCUUCAGAGCUGGGUUUGUCUGCCCCGAAACACCCUACAGAUCCCUGGCCCGAGAGCAAAUCAAUGCUCUGACCCCUUUCCUGGAUGCUAGCUUGGUGUACAGCCCCGAGCCAAGGAUGGCAAAUCAACUUCGAAACCUCAGUAGCCCCUUGGGCCUCAUGGCCGUCAACGAAGAGGUCUCAGACCACGGUCUGCCCUUUCCACCUUUUGUCAAAAUGAAACCCAGCCCCUGUGAGAUCAUCAACACCACUGCUGGUGUGCCCUGCUUCUUGGCAGGAGACUCUCGAGCCUCGGAGCAGAUCUUGCUGGCCAUAUCCCACACACUCUUUAUCCGGGAGCACAACCGAUUAGUCAGAGAACUAAACAGACUCAACCCUCAUUGGGAUGGAGAGACGCUCUAUCAGGAAGCCAGGAAAAUCAUGGGCGCCUUCAUCCAGAUUAUCACCUUUAGGGACUAUCUACCCAUCCUACUGGGUGAUGAGAUGCAGAAGUGGAUACCCCCGUACCAAGGCUACAGUGAAUCUGUAGACCCCCGAAUCUCCAACGUCUUCAGCUUUGCUUUCCGCUUUGGCCACUUGGAGGUCCCCUCUACCGUGUCCCGCUUAGAUGAGAAUUAUCAGCCAUGGGGCUCAGAACCUGAGCUCCCCCUGCACACGCUCUUCUUCAACACCUGGAGGCUCGUCAAAGAUGGUGGAAUUGACCCUCUGGUUCGAGGCCUGCUGGCUAAGAAGGCCAAACUGAUGCAUCAGGAUAAAAUGAUGACGGGAGAACUCCGCAACAAGCUGUUCCAGCCGAAUCACACCAUCCACGGCUUCGACCUGGCCUCCAUCAACAUACAGCGGUGCCGAGACCACGGGCAGCCUGGGUACAACUCCUGGAGAGCGUUCUGUGGGCUGUCCCAGCCAGAGACGCUAGAGGAGCUGAGUGCUGUGCUGGGAAAUGAGGAGUUGGCCAAGAAGCUGAUGGACCUCUAUGGAACCCCCAGCAACAUUGACAUCUGGCUAGGGGCCAUUGCUGAACCCCUGGUCCACAGGGGACGGGUGGGGCCUCUCUUGACCUGUCUCCUGGGCUUGCAGUUUCAGAAGCUCCGAGAUGGAGACAGGUUCUGGUGGGAGAACCCGGGGGUCUUUACAGAGAAGCAACGGGACUCUCUACAGAAGAUGUCCUUCUCGCGCCUCGUCUGUGACAACACAGGCAUCGACAAGGUCCCCCUGAACCCAUUCCAGGCCAACACCUACCCUGAAGGCUUUGUAAACUGCUCCUCAGUUGAUAAGCUGGACCUCUCACCCUGGGCCUCAGUGAAGAACUAGGAACCUGCUGCUCACGGCUUCCUACAUUGCACAGGGCUACCACCCCCCUACGUGAGAAGACAGGAAAGAAGAAGGAGUCUGCAGAUCCACUGUGGGCCAGCUCCUGACAAGACCACUGGCCAGAUACACCCCUCCCUUUCCCUGGGCACUGAGGUCUGAUCACUGGAAGCCUGGAAUAAGGCGGCACCUGCCUUCUUGAGGACCCCUGGGACACUCACUGUGGGCAGCAUUUUGCCCCCUCCCCUUCUUUUGAGUUGGACACAGAACGAGCAAGUGGCAAACAUAUGCCUGAGAGAUGAACAAAUAUGAGGGCUUGCUGGCCACAUUCCCGUUCCACAGAGUGGUAGAGGAGGGACACGAGGGAUGAGGGUCUGAUUAGUGUGACCUGGCCACAGGCUUCGAAGAGCUAGCCGCCCUCCACGUAGAGAGGGUUCCCCGGCACCGUCAUCACUCCAGAAAUGUCCCCAGGUACAGACCACCCUGUCUCAAGGUCACGGAGCAGAGGGAGCCUCCCCCUGAAGCUGCAGCCCCUUCACAGACAAUACAGCAGAUCCCCAUCCAUGGCGUUUUAUUAGUGUAAACUUCAUGUACAAACAAACAGUACAGAAGGGCCAGGGGCCUCUGCUCCUCUCCAGACAGGCUUCUGUGAACGGCAAGAGGAGAGUCAGGGAGAAGGGGAAACCAUGGGCAGAGCCGGGCUGAGCCGGGCUAACCUAGACUUCGCAACCUCACAGCCCAACUGCUAACUACAACCCCCCAGAGGCCUCGUUUCUGCAAACCAGAAUGUGAUCGAGGACUCGGCUUUCUGUCCUUGGCAUUCAUCUUUUUUUUUUUUUUUUUUGCCUCUAUUUUCCCUGCCUAGCACAGUGCCUGGCACAUAGUAGGUGCUCAGUGAGCUGAGAGCUGAGGGCUGCAAUAGGCUCUCUAACAAGCCUCGACCUCUUUAUAAGGAAGAGAAUUCAGGCUUAAGAGUAAUUUGUCCAAAGACAAAUACACGCACUGCUAUGCUUCAGAGUGAUGACUUGAACUCAGGCAGCCUGCUCUCUGCCUCCCAUUCUUAACGUGGUCAUGGGCAG